CUUCUAGAUGAAAACUGAGAAAUAUCUAAAUACAAAUUGUUAAUUUGAUUUAUUUGCAGUUUGUACAUUUAAGUGUAACACAGUAGCUAAUACUGAAUCAUUAGAUAUACUUUCCUUAACAUAACAAGUGUAAAAUGAAAAAGGAAAAAGUUGAAAAAAUUCAAAAUAGUCUUAGUGAAUAUCUAAAAAAGAGAAACUAUGAGGUAUUUAGCAGUGUGAGCGAAGCAUCAGAGCGGGAAGUUGGAAUGCUCGGACUGCUGGAGUCCUCAACACCCAACAGCCUUAGCUACACUGCACCUGCUGCCAGUCAUCUGCACAUAGAGCAUCAGUUUGCAAGAUUGAAGGCAUGGAUGAUGGAAGCUAGUGAGCCAUGCCGCUCGGAGCUGUCUCAGUUGCUGUUCCCUCUCUUUGUUCACAUCUACCUUGAGCUGGGAGCAUCAUCUGGAAAAUCAGCUGCCAGCAAUUUCUUUAACAAAAACUGCCAGGUUUUUCGUGUGAACCGUGAGUAUGAGCUCACAUUGAGACAGCUUGUGAGCACCACAGGAGAUGCCAGCCAGACAGUAAUUCGCUGCCUCAAAAGUGGGAAGUAUCUGGUGCACGUGAGUGACUCAAGCACCUUACAAUACCUGCUACGCUAUCUGCGUUCUGGUAACAACCCAACUCUUUUACAGAUUAUGAGUCGCUACAUAGACGUGGAAGCUGACGACGGUCUCGUUCCUUCUGUGCUAUUCAGCGAAAAUAAAGAGAAAGAGGAGGAAAAACCGGGCGCUUGUUCCACGUCUGUUAGGGACUGCAGUGCUGAGCAGCUAGCGGCCGUGGAGGCCGUCAUCUCAAACACCCGCCAACUCCCACACCCUGGCUAUUCCGUUGCUUUAUACAGCGUACUUAAUGCCCACAAUGGCGUGUGCUGUGCAAGCAUCUCACCUCAAGUUGAUAUAUUAGCUUGUGGCUUUGAGGAUAGCGUAGUAAAAGUUUGGUCUUUGACUCCCCACUGGCCACAUACGUCACAACAGAAUAAAGCGACGACUUAUCUCUCGUGUGACGAAAUUAGAAUUGAUGAGCCCGUGAAAGAUGGUAAUUUUAAGGAAGAAAGUUCUGCUUCUGGUACAGCAACAAGCAGCAGUCGGUCACGUAAACAAGCUAGUGGCGGAGAAGUGUUAUCGCUCAGAGGUCAUUCAGGGCCAGUUUUUGACAUGGAUUUUACUAGCUCGUCCUCUCAUCUGGUAACCGUCUCAGAAGACACAUACAUGCGGCUGUGGAACUUGUCGGACGGCGAGUGUGUAGCUAAAUACUCCGGUCACAAUUAUCCUGUGUUUAGAGUCACGAACUCAGCUCGUGACCUUCACGUCGCAACUGGCUCGGCAGACCUUACUGCACGACUCUGGAACUUGGAAUACUUGCAUCCUCUGCGGGUGUUUGCUGGUCAUACUGCGUCAGUGAAUGCGGUUGCCUUCCACUCGAAUUGUAGUUAUUUAGCUACAGGAUCGUGGGACCACAGUGUACGAUUGUGGCAGAUCACAGAUGCUUGCGCCGUCAGAAUAUUCUUGCAUCACACAGCGCCUGUGACCAGCCUAGCUUUCUCGCCGAACGGCCGCCUGCUGGCGUCAGGCAGCUGUGACGGCAGCGUGGCUGUAUGGGAUCUGUCAGCGGGCAAGGUGAUUGCUGACAUCAGCUACCCGAACACCAGUGACGCGGGCCCGUCAGCCGGCAACUGCGAGAGCGUCGUCGCGCUCAGCUGGUCGCUGGACUCGCUGCUCCUCGUCAUCUCUUCCAUGGACGGACUAGUGCGCACCAUCGCCAUCGAUGCGGACACAAGCGACAGAGAAGCAGAGACGAGUGAAGUGCACAGCGUGACGUGUGGUGUGGACGCCACGUUGCUGCACGCUGCGCUCACCAAGCACAACUUCAUUGCUGCGGUCGCGGUGCAGAGACCUGACCGAUAAACUUCAGGCAGCGCAAAGUAAUCAUUAUGUUCUUGCAUUAGAUAAUUUGAUUGAAGUAUGAUCGGACACAUUUGAUCGACAUAUGAAAAACCACAUUUUGUCAACAUAUGAUAAACCACAUUUUGUCAACAUAUGAUUAUGCACAUUUUGUCAACAUAUGAUCAACCACAUUUGUCAACAUAUGAUCAACCACAUUUGAUCAACUUAUGCUUGUGUAUUGUUUAUCGUGGAGUAUUAGGAGGAAUACUAUCGCUUGAUUGAAAUAUGGUCUCUCUAUGUAGCUAUUUUACACCGCCCGUCAUGCAUGGAUCUGUAACGAACAUGAAUAAAGUGAGACCCUAUGGUAACAGCACGUAGAGGAUGAAAGUCUAUUGUAGAUUGAAAAAUGAGCUUUUUUCGUGCCGCCUCGUAGACACAAUAGCCUU